UCACAGUCGCGUUAAUCACAACUGGCGGCGGUGUUUGGGCGCAAGAUAUUCGGUGUUGUUUGUGGGAAGGUGCAUUGGUUUUUGCAGAAGUUCAUGUUUUUCUACAUUUCUCCGCUACAAUGUCCUAUUCGCCGGCACCGGAUGACGAUGCGAUAAUUGCGGAGGAGGAUAUGUUUGCAACCGGCGAAGGUUGUUCGCAAAUUAGCUUCCUAAGCAGUCAAUUGCUGGAGGAUCACAUUUUGGGAUUGGACAAAACAUUGAACGACUCUAGUGCUACUCUCGCAUUGUCGCAGACAUCGCCUGGCGCAGACAUCGCCUUGCCAAGUUCGCUGCUUCAGGAUGUGAAGGGUUCCUUGCCGAGCUCACUAAAUCCGACCGGAAAGUAUCCGUCGGUGGACGAACUUUGCCCCGCAGAUAUACAUUUUACGGUCAUUCCAUCCAGCACCCAAGGCUCGGGUUUCAUUUUUUCCGAGCAGCUCCAGAAGCUGUUCCUCAAAACGGACAGCAUCUGUUCGUUCGAUGUAGCGUGCCAACUGCCCACCUUCCUACCGCCGACGGGAUGGUACGUGCGUGUAAUGCUGGUAUCACUCGCGCCGGAAUCGCAGCACGAAUCGAUCACGCGCUGCCACAAACACAUCGCGCACGAUACCGGCCCGGAAGAGAUCCGGAAGCAUGUAGUGAGGUGUAAGAAUGAACAGCACGAAUACGUUGGUGCAGAUAAUGGGCCUUUCUUCGAGGAUCGAUACGCAGUCCGCGUACCGGUCGAUGACGAGGUGCUGUGCGUCAAGAUAAUGCUACAGUUCGUCUGUCAGAACACGUGCUUCAGGCUGGACCAACGUCGUACCGGGCUGGUAUUUACGCUAGAGAACGACCAAGGCAACAUAUGGGCAAGGCGGGUGGUGCCGGUGAAAAUCUGUAUCAACUAUCGGCGAGACAUGCAAAACGAGCAGAAUUCAGCGAACAAUUUUUUACCAACUUCGUGCCUUACCGCCGGCAGAUCGGACGCACCUGGUACCUCAGCCGUUCGGCGGUACAAAGCUGGACGCCCGGGCAAGCGGCUCCAACGCGGUGGCAAGUUAGGCCCGGGAGGAGGGAGUGUUAACAGAGCGGACCGCACGGUUCCGGUUAGAGCUGCGCGCAACAUUGAACCGUGCACGGUGAACAUCGAAAUGCCCAGUUUGCGAAUGGCCAAACGGGUGAUGGACAAUGCGAUUGGCAUGGUAUCGGCGCAGAUUUUGCUGGAAGAUGAUACGGAGACGAAAAAUAGACUGAAGGUGUUUCUGGACAGCAUUCGGCGGCAGCGUGACGCGUUAUCCAUGAGCAAUAGCCAGUGUAGCGUAGACCUGCUUUAAAGCUUUAAUUAUUUGUUUACCUUUUUUUGUAGAAAAGUUGUACGUUUACAUUCAAUUCAAUGUAUAUUUAUUAUCCCAUUUGAACGAAAAUCACGAGCAGUUCCUGUUAAGAGAGAGCGAAUCAUUUUCCCAAGUUAUUUGUUUCACUAUCACACAAGAGUACUUACUGUUUUUGUUUUAUUCCCGGACGACAAAUUGACAAAUAUUAACCAUAAUCCUUGUUCCUUGUUUCGGAAAGAUGUAAGACAAUAAAAGUAAGCAUUUUAUGCCAUUGUUCUAAUAAA